AUGUAAGGAUUAAACAAUUAAAACUACAAUCCUGUUGUAAGACCAAAAACAUUGAUUUGCUAUAUUUGUGGAAGAGAGUAUGGAUCAAAAAGUUUAGAGAUACAUCUUAAGACUUGCCAAGAAAAGUUUCUUAUGGAAGAAGCUAAAAAACCAAAAAACCAAAGGAGACCUUUACCAUAACCUCCAAAAGCUUUAGGGGGAGGUGGAAAUUAUGAUGCAGAAUCGUAUAAUGAUUAAGCAUUUAAUGCAUAUAAAGAAUAGAGUCUUGAGAAAUGUGCAUAUUGUGGCAGAACUUUUAAUAGAGAAAGCUAUCCUAUCCAUAUAAAGAUCUGUAAACCUGAUAAACCAUUUAAACCCCUUCCUGGAUUUGUUUAAAAUCCUAAAGAAGUCCAGUAACAAAUGAAUAGAGAUAAUGGAGGAACUCAAUAAGGAAAAUCAAAUUCUAAUGGUUAUUCAGGAGAAUAAAAGGUUCCUUCAAGACCAAAGACUCUAGUGUGCUAUAUUUGUGGAAGAGAAUAUGGUAGUAAGUCUUUGGGAAUUCACAUACCUUAAUGCAAAGAAAUGUUUAUGGUGUAGGAAAUGAAGAAACCAAAGGGGGAAAGAAGGAAUCCUCCAACAACUCCAAGAGGUUUAUGGGAUUUAUUAAAUAAGGAAGAAAUAACUAUGGAAGACAUUAUGGCCUAUAACAAUGGAGCUUUUAAUAAAUACAAUAAAGAAGCCUUAGUUGCAUGUAAAAACUGUGGUAGAACUUUCAAGCCUGAGGCAUUGGAGCAUCAUAUAAAGGCUUGCACUGCUGAAAAUCCCUUCAAAGCUCUGGAUUCUGUUGAUGAAGGAGGUUAAGUUGAAUUAGUUCCUUGUAAGAAAUGCGGAAGGAAAUUCUUGCCAUCCAGAGUUGAAAAACAUGAAAGCAAUUGUAAAGAUAUAAAGGGAGCCACAUAAACAUAGACAAAUGGAUUUUAGAAUUAAAAAUAAGAAUAAUUAUAAAAAUAAUAAUAAAUUUAGAAUUCUGAAAAUCCACAAUAAAAACAAAAAUAAUAAACAAAUUAAAUUUAAAAAUAGUAAAGUUUCUCAAAAACAUAAGUUAAUUAUGAUGAUAAAAGUUUGAAAUGUUAUAAAUGUUUUUAAGAUUGUAAUUCUAUUUAAGAUCUGAAGUAACAUGUGUAGAAUUGCAAAAAUCAAGGUACAAAACCAUAAAUCUAUGAUGAUUUGGUAUAACUUCCAAAUCCAUCAUAAGCACUUUAAACCAUUUAUAUGAGUUCUGUUUUUGAAAACUUUAAAAAAAAAGAUAACAAUUCAAAUGCUAUUGAAUAAUAAAAACAACAGCCCAAAUAAUAAUCUUAAUCAUAAAAAUAACAAUAAAAUGAUAAUCAUGAUUUUGAUGAGGAUCAAGAGGAUUAAUAAGAUGGAAUUGAUUUAAUUACAUGUGAUAAAUGCGAUAGAAGAUUUGCUUAAGAUAGAAUAAAAAAACAUUAGAAGGUUUGUAAAGGCAAAUAGUAUUUUGAAAAAAAAGAGCAUAAAGUUGAAGUUCAAAAGGCUCCAUAGACUGGAUGGAGACAAUCUCAUUAAGAAUUUAUUAAUACUUUAAAAUAUAACAGAUAAUUGAAGAAAAUAUAAGAGGAAGGAGGAGACAUUAGAUAAUUGGGACCUCCUCCUGUAUCAUCUAAUAAUAAUUACAUUCAAUGUCCAUAUUGUCAGAGAAAGUUUGAUCCUAGUAAAGCGGAUAAACAUAUUGCUAUUUGUUAGAAUGUUGUUAAUAAACCAAAAACGAUUCAAGAAAAGAAAUAAAAUCCUUAAGCAACAUAGCAACCAAUUUUAUAAUUAUAAUAACAAUAACUACCUUAAUAGAAUUAUAGACAACAAUAAAAAGUAUAAUAAACAAAUUAACAACCAUAAAAUAAUGCUAAUCCAAAAUAUGGAAGAGUAUUUUAAUAAAAUGAUGAAUCUUAAUAGCCAAAAGUUCAAUUAUAAUAAAUGAAUGCUUAACAAUCCAAAACUUCUUUCUAAAGAUAAUCAAUAUCAUUAUAAAAAACUCCAUAGGUUCCUUAGAAAACAAUAAAUCAAUAGUAAUAAUUAUUAUCUCCAAAUUAAAGUACUAAUUAGUUUAGAAUAAGAACACCAUAAACAACAUAAAAAAGCUAGUAAUUGAAAUAAUCUCAAAAUUCCACUAAGAUUGAAAACAAUAUAUUUAGACCUCCGAUAUCUGGUAGGACAUAAGAAUUCACAAAAUCUAAUUCUUAAGUGUAAUUAAAGCCAAUUAAUUAGAAUAUGUUGAGAAAAUUUUGA